AUGUUCGUUUCUCCACCUCCAGCAACAGCGAGAAAUCAAUUGGGGAAGAGGAAAUCGAAAAGGCAUGAUGAUAAUUUAAAGAGCAUCCAACCCAGUGCUGAAUUAGAAACAGCAAAAAACAUAUCUUCUGUUGGGUUCAACAAUAACCUCCCACAUAAUAACCAGGACAUGAAUACAGUAAAUCAUUAUAGUUUAAACCCCAAUUCAGGAAGCGUUAGAUGUAACAAUAAUUUUGUUACUACCCCACCAGAAUAUGCGGAUAGGGCAAGAAUAGAGAUUCGGAAAAGAUUACUGCCCACCACAGGAAUUAAAAGCAUAGAUGCAAACGAUGCCACUCCAGGAGAUGAAAACAUCGAACAAAUAACCACUCCCGACUGUCAAAGUUUUAUAUCUGAUCAUUGCUCUUCAUACCAAUCGAGCAUAUUUUCACAUCCAUCCACCGUGCUUACGCAUGUUACUACAGGUAGUUCCAUAUUAGAUACAAAAACGCCGAAGUUUGUCACAGAAAUAACACUUGAAGACGCUUUACCUAAGACUUUUUAUGAUAUGUAUUCUCCUGAAGUUCUCAUGUCUGAUCCUGCUAAUAUACUUUACAACGGACGUCCCAAAUUUACGAAGCGUGAGCUGCUAGACUGGGAUCUCAAUGAUAUACGUUCUUUGCUAAUAGUGGAGCAACUACGGCCAGAAUGGGGAUCUCAGUUGCCGACAGUCCUGACUUCCGGCGUUAAUUUACCCCAGUUCAAAUUGCAAUUACUUCCCUCAUGUUCUAGUGAUGAGUUUAUAAUAGCAACAUUGGUUAACUCAGAUUUGUACAUAGAGGCAAAUUUAGACCGCAAUUUUAAGUUAACAAGUGCAAAAUAUACAGUCGCUUCAGCAAGAAAAAGACAUGAAGAAAUCACAGGAUCCAACGAACCGAUAAUGCGCUUAUCUAAACCUGAAUGGAGAAAUAUAAUUGAGAACUAUUUAUUAAAUGUUGCGGUAGAGGCUCAAUGCAGAUAUGACUUUAAGCAAAAACGCUCUGAAUACAAGAAAUGGAAAUUACUGAAUUCAAAUUUGAAAAGACCUGACAUGCCGCCUCCAAGCCUCAUACCUCAUUGUUUUCAAACGCAUGACUGCUCUAGUUCAGGUAGUCUUUUAAAAAAGGCUUUAAUGAAAAACUUGCAAUUGAAAAACUACAAAAACGACGCGAAAACAUUAGGUGCUGGUACACAGAAAAAUGUCGUUAGUAAAGUGUCGUUAACUUCGGAAGAGAGGGCAGCCAUCUGGUUUCAAUGCCAAACACAAGUCUAUCAAAGACUGGGAUUGGAUUGGAAACCUGACGGAAUAUCUUAG